UAAAUCGAAACUGAAAGUUCGUCGUGUGAUAACAGCGCAUUUCUGAUCGCUGCAAACCAAAGCUUCUGUCUUAUCUAUAGGUCAGCUGGAGAUUCAGAAACCAGAAUGUCCAGCACUGUCAUACCCGUGAACUCUUCAACGCUCGUCAUCCAGUUUCAACCGCCAACACAAUCAACACCUGUUACGACAAAUGCUCCGGUGCCUGUUUAUGUACAACAGGUGGCGGGAGUUUCACCUCUUCAUGGACUUCAGGCAUUUCUGAAAGGCCAGCCGAAAGCCCUUGGGACGGUCCAGAUAAUGAUCGGUGUGCUGACUCUUCUGUUUGGCAUUGUGUCUUCAGUUCAUGCUGAUCUUAUCUUUGUCUAUAGUGGUCUUCCUUACUGGGGAUCUGUCAUCUACAUAACUGCAGGCUCACUCUGCAUUGCUGCCGAAAAUAAAAUGAAUUCACCCUCCAGUUUGUGUUUGGUGAAUGCUUCACUUGGAAUGAACAUUUUCAGUACUAUAACCGCAGGCAUUGCCAUUAUUUUAAUUUCCCUGGAUUUGGUUAUAGGGCCAUACUCUUACUGCUACGACUGUGAUUAUUUAGAAAGGAAGUAUGAGAAUCUCUUCAGGGGAAUCAGAGGUGUGUUGCUGUUAUUCGCCUUGCUUGAGUUUAUCAUCUCCAUCUGUCUGUCAGCAUUUGCCUGUAAAUCCAACACCUGCUGUGGUCCUCCUCAGGUGCAGUUUGCUCAAGUUUUACCACCACAGCCAAGUGAUUUCCACGAUCUCAACAGCUCAGAGAUACCUGUGGCCAGCAGCGCUUCCAUUCAUCACCAUCCUGCAGACGCUCCUCCACAAUACAGCAAAUUCAAAUAAACAUGAAUAAGUGGACAGUGUUCCCUUAUGAAACAAAAAUAUAUGGGAAU